AUGCCCUCGCCUUUGACUGUGACCUUUGUGCAGGCAACGGCUUUAAAUGCCAUUGCCAACAUCCUCGCACAGCUAAUCGACCAGCGCAACAACAAAGGUCCCUUCACUCUCAAUGGACUUGCAUUCAUUCAAUUUAUCAUCUACGGCAUAAUCAGCGUGCCCCCUAAUUUCUACUGGCAACGCGCUCUGGAAGCGCGAUAUCCAGGCUUCCCCUCGCGCGCCGAGUACGCCAAUGCAUUCAGCGUCCGCUCGCUGAAAUCCAUCUUUUCACCACGUGCAUGGUUCUCAUCCACCGACGAUGCCUUACCCAGUCACACAGACAAGGUAAAAGAGAAGGAUGCCCGAUGGGCACCUCGAGCCCAGAUGUCCGGCCUGCGCUGCCUGGGCAUGAAGCUUCUCAUCGACCAGACCGUGACAUCAAUUGCGAAUAUCAUUUUAUUCGUCGCGGCAAUCAAUCUACUGAAAGGCGAGAGUCUCGCCAAGGUGUGGGAGCUGGUGGUUCUGGACUUCGUUCCCAUUAUGGGUGCUCGUCUUAAAUAUCGACCGAUUGUCUCUUUGCUGAUGUAUACGGUUAUUCCGGUGGAUCGGCGGGUGGUCUUCGGGAGUGCUUGUGGGGUUAUUUGGGGCGUGUAUUUGAGCUUAUAUGCGGUUGUCUAG